AUGAGUGAAGAAAACCAAAAUAAAGAAAUUUCUUUAAAUUCCAAAUGCUCCUGUUGUUCAUAUGAAGGUAAUAUUGAUGAGUUUUAUCGUCCACGUGGAGACAAUCCACAAUAUGUACAUUCAACCUGUAAUAAAUGUUUUGAAAGUUGCAAAAAUAAGCGAAAAGAAACAAGUGUAAUCUCUAGUAAAAGAAAGCAGCUUGAAUCUAAAUUAAAUUUGGUUGCAAAUUCUAGUCAAAGUGAUCAUAUAGAACUUGAACAAGAUGAUGACUUUGCCGAAGAAUUGGCUUUAGACUCUCCACAUGAAGAUAAUAUAAUAGAUAACCAAGAUGAAUAA